GUUUCCUGAAUCAAACUUUAUUGUUCUCUAAGUUUUCUGACAGUGACAGUGUUUCUUCUCUCCACAGUCCAGAAGGCCAGAGGGCUGAUGAGGUCAUGUGACUCCUAUGUGAAGAUGGAGGUGAUCUCUGACCUCUGCGUCAUGAUGAAAACCCCAACUGUCCUGAAUAACAAGAACCCAGAAUACAACUCCAAGUUUAAACUGCGUAUCAGUGAUGACCUCUACCUGAAGAGGUUGUUGAUUUCGGUGUUCAGCAGGUGCAGUCAGCUGAUUGGCUGUCUGAGCUUUGGGAUUAGUUCUCUCGUCUCGUCCUCUAAGCUCGUCACUGGUUGGUUCUACCUACUGGGGGAGGAGUUUGGGCAGUCCAAACACCUGAGAGUGACAUCACAGCGGAACAGAACAAUGAGGAACCCCGAGGACGUUCCAGCACACUCAGACCUCCGGAGGGCUCCGUACUCCACUUCAGAUACUGACCUGAACCACAUCCCCACCACCAAAACCACAACGGCCGCCACAACCAACCUGAACCACAUCACCACCACUGGACUCAAAGUAGUGACGGACCACAGUCUGGACCUCACCAACCCCAUCUACAGCAGCUACGUCUCCACGCUGUGUGUCAACAUCAACCGGCGUCAGGCGACCCAGCAACUACCGGUGAACGUUGUUCGAGGAAAAGAUGGUUUUGGAUUCACGAUCUUCUCAGAUUGUCCAGUUAAAGUCCAAGCUGUCGACACCGGAGGUCCGGCUCACCGGUCUGGUCUCCGUCAUGGAGACUCGGUCCUGCAGCUGAACGGACUUCCUGUGGAAACCUGGAAGUGCGUCGACCUCGCCAACACCAUCAGGAGCUGCUCGUCUCAGAUCGUGUUGGUGGUCUGGAGAGGUGGUUUACCUGAGCUCAGGUCAGGAUGUGAAGCUUUGCUCCGCCCACCAACACAUAACCAGACAACAGGCAGGAAGCUCCUGCCUCACCCCGCCCACAGUAAACAUGGCCGCAGAUGGGGUCAAGGGUCAGGGGUCCGGUCUAGUUGGGGGGCUCUGGGAUCUCUGUGGAGGGACAGGAAGGAGGACCAUGAGGAGGAGGAGGAGCAGGAGGAAGAUCAGGAGGUGACCGAGUACUCAUCUCGCACCACCACACUCAAGGGCACCCGCGUGACAUCAUCAGACGGAGACAAUUACAUCAUCCUGUCACCUGUCAAUCCAGGAGGACAGCUGCUGCAGCCAGUUUAUCAUGACAGUAAUGGAACUCUCGGGCGUCUGUACCAGACUCACCCCAGCAGAGGUCAGAACCUCCUCCACGACCCUCCACCCGGAUCGUCGCGGCGACUUAUCGGUGGCUACACCUCCACCCUGCCCCCGCCCCCCUCCUCUUCAUCAGCCCCGCCCAGUAACUACGGCAACUACCAGAACUGCACCAUCGUCCAAUCACAUCUGCCCUGCCCUGCCUACGGAACCUACGUUACCCUGGAACCCAAAACCCUCAUCUUCCCCAUCUUUGUCCAGCCCCUAGACCUCUGCAGCCCAGACAGAACAUUGCUGAUGUCAGAGGAAAUGGUUCUACACCAAGCCCACCUCUUGCCUGCAAAGGUGACAGUGUUGAUCUACAGUGACCUCAUGCUGUUCACCAGAGAGGACGAAGCCGGACGCUGCAAUGUCCUACAGAGUCCACUGUACCUGAACACACUGCAGCUCAGAGAGGUCCCUUCCCAGCCGCUCCACAUCUUCCUCCAGACUCCUCGUCUUCUCUUCAGUCUUCAGACGUUCAGCAUCGAUCAGAGACUCAGAGUCAGUCUGUGUCUCCGUGACAACGUCCACCUACAGCUGGUCGCUAACCACCAGCUCUCAGACCUCCCCUCAGAUCUUGGCGUCCUCUCUCUCGGUCAGUGUGACCUCCUCCCUUGCUCCUCCUCUGAUCCUCCCCUCACCCACUCUUCUUCCUCCCAAUGUGACGCCCCCAGCUCUGCCUUCUCCUCCUCCGCUCCUCCCAUCUUCUCCACUUUCUCCCCCUCCUCACCUCCUUCUAGGACCUUCACCACCACCCAUAAGCUCCUCCCCCAGCCUUCCUCCUCUUCCUCCCAGAGGAGUCCAGUGUGGAAGGAGACAGGAGGAGCAGAGGAGGAGAGGAGGAAGAACAGGUGUGAGGAGGUGGAGGAGCGGCAGCAGGGGGAGGGGGAGAUCACCUCGGAAACAUCAGAGAAUGUGGGAGGAGUCAGGGGGCGGGGCUUCAACAGGAAGGAGGAAGAAGAGGAGAGUGAUGAUGAAGAGGAGGAAGAGGAGGAGUUAACCUUCAGACCUGCAGUUCUGCGUCGUUCUCUCUCUGAGGGUUCUCUGCUGAAGGAACCUCGAUCGCCUCACUUCCUGUCUGACAGCACUCACUUCCUGUCUGACAUCACCAUCCACAGACUCACCCGCCACGCGACCUCUGACCUCGACCCCGACACAGGCCACGCCCCCCGCCCCCCCUCUAUCCACGCUCUGAGGAAACAGCUGACCAAAGAAGGGGGGUCACUGCACCACAUGCUGGUGCUCCUCAACGGCACUAAGGAUACAGAGUUCAGAAACCUUCAAAUGACAAAGAAGACCAAGAGUCUUGCCGCUGACGUUCGGAGCCGCCUCCUGUUUCUACGGCAACGGAAAAACAGCACCUGUUCCCACAGUAACAGUUUGGAGAAAGCUCUGAGAAACAACAGACCGUCUACAGGUGAGGUGCUCAGGUGGGCGCCGAGUUUGGAGGCUCUGCUGACCAAUCAGUAUGGUCUGGCAGUGUUCCGUCACUUCCUGAGGUCAGAGUUCAGCGAGGAGAACCUGGACUUCUGGUUGGCUGUGGAGAGAUUCAAGAGGACACACCCCCUCAGCAAGAUGGCCGCCAGAGCUGCGGAAAUCUACGAUGAGUUCAUUUCUACCAACGCAUCGAGACAGGUCAACGUGGACUCUUCUGUCAGAGAAUCGACCAAUCAGAGCCUGCGUGUGGGCGUUAACCACACAACCUUCCAACUGGCUCAGGAUCAGAUUCUGGGCCUGAUGGAGAGCGACAGUUACCCACGAUUCCUCAGGUCCCGCCUCUACACCCAGCUGGCCAAUAAGGGGAGACAGACCACCACAGAGACGUCCAAUCAGAGCGCAGCUGGGUCUCUACCUGUCAGCCAAUCGUGAGUGAAGAGGAGACAGAGACUGACCUUCAUGUGAUUGGCCAUCGAGAGCUGGCCGAUGAAAAUAAACUUCAAUUGCAUUAUGGGAAGUGUAGAAUCCAGUGUUUUUGGAUUACUGCUCAGAUCUGGACCGUUUUGUUUUUAAGUACUUUAUAUUUUUAGUACGUUAUACCUUUAAACAAACAGAUGGAAUCACUUUAGAAUUCUUUGAAUAAUCAAUUCAUAAAAGCUAAACUUAUCCAGCAGAUUUAAUCUCAUUUGAGUUGUAUUUGAACUUUUAAUGUGAAUCAGAAUAUUAAACAAAUUCUGAUAUGCUAAUGACCUCAGUUAGUUUAGCGCUAA